UGUGGAUAUUUACCACCUAAAUUUGAAUUGAUUUUGUUGUUGAACUUUGUUUGUUUUCGUUUUUCGGUUCUUAUAUUGUAAUAUGUAUAAAUUGAAAUGUUUCUUGUUUGAUGUGCUCUGCUUUGUAUGAAUACUUCUUUUGACUUAUAUGUGCGAACCCACAACAAUACAGAUGAAUCAUCGGCCUUCUUUGUGUUUUUAUAAACAUUUCAUCAGAAACGUUUCCUUACGGACUGUGAAUUUCUGGUAAUCUGUGAUUUGAUUCGAGAGUGAAGUUCAGUGAUCGGUUCAGUGCCUCCCACUAAGUACCGCCACUCCAGUAUUUUCCUUCACGUCACAAACCUAGCUUAAGCAGCUUACCUGUAAUACCCGAGCGAGUGGAGGGGGAACAGUAAUUUUUAAGUCGGAUCCGUUCUCCCAUUCAUCAUUCAAGCAACAGUUGUGAACUGAACUAGUCGAUUCAACAUAGUAGAGAGUUCUCUUCAUUUGUUUUGGUUUUUUUAAGUUCAUCGUUGUAUGGAGCUUGAUAAACAGCCGUCGCAAGUGUAUGAAGCUGGCCACUAUGCAGCUGAACACCUCCUGCAAGAUCCAACCGAAAAGUCCUACGCGACGGGCGCCAAUGACCAGCUGUCGAUCGAGAACAGCGAAAACUCCUUCGUACCUACGGUGGGCCGCUGGGGCAGCGAAUGGCCUAGCUGACUCGAUGGAGAGAGCAGUUGGAGACCGAAAAGCGCCCUCUUAGGGGGGGAAGAUGCGGGGGACCUAGACGCCACCCCCAUCCGAACGAACGCCAUUGGAUUAGACCGGCUCGACUCGCUACUCUUGGAAGGAUCUGAAGGAUAUGACGAAAUUCGGGAAUAUUUUGACCCACCCUGCGGUAAACCCUCAAAUUGCCUAUUAUCGCCCAACUACCACGACAACAACAACGGUCAGAACACCCUGUACGGCCUCCUGGAUAAGACCCAGGUGAUAAACUUUUGGCCGGAGGAGCACCCAUUGCCCUUGCCCAAAUGGAGAUCCGGUGUUCAGAAGGCCUAUAAGCUGGAGGACAUGGAGACCUACCAGAAGCUCUGCUGGGACAUCGAAGUGAACCUACAGAAGUUGCUGGAAGAGCUGAACUACGACACCGUUAGCAAUUUGCUGAUUUUCUACAGGGCCUAUAAGAAAUGGGGUAGAGGAGACCUCGUCAAAUUCUUCAGAAGCUAUUCACCACCAAUAUGCCCGCCCAACCUAACAUGCGUAGGACUGGCCUUAGAAUUAUGGAAUAGAUUAAGGGUUCUCGACGAUGUUUUUCCGAAUAUAAGCGAGUACUUCUUCAUCGCAUCCUGUGAAGAGAACAUUGAAUCAUCGGCCGAUUACAUAAACAAUGGUAGAUGCUCAGACCCGUACGCGGUUGAAAAAGAACACGUACUACUCGCUUUGAAAUUUGAACUAGGAAAUCGUCAGGGAAUAUUACUGAGUGAUCCUGGAUACCACGUUGGAAGAGUUGUCACUGCGAUGAACGAUAAAUGUUACCCCCACACUGGUUGGUUUGUACAGUCCAACGAGAACAACAUAAAGAAAGAAUACAACUACCAGUAUUCCGCCCUGAGCGAUUCUUUCAUCGAAUGGAACUCUUUGACGGUCAAGAACGAGGUGGUACAAGCAUCCGAAACCGCCCUGAUUUACGUGUCUAAAGCUUACCAGACGGCCGUGGAUGUGACCGAACGAAGAAAUCUGGUGUACAACUUCAGAAGCUUACUCUCGAGAGAUCAGAAGGGCCACUUGAUCGCUGGAAUCUAUUUCAAGAUAAAGGAGGGCGUAGAUGAAUUCACCGCGUUCUACAAGGACGGUGAUCUCAAAAAAAGGGUCAAAAUGAAAUUUUCCCAGUUUUCCAGAGGGGAACAGGUUGAUGACAAAACUGCCCAAUUGAUAAAUCAAUGCAACGAACAACUCAAUCUUCCGAUGAACUCCCUACCUCAGCUCCUUCAAGAAAUUGGCGAAAUGAUGCAAGACAGAACGUUCGUUCCCCAAAUGCUCGCAGUUAACACUGCUGUUGGCACUCUAGCCGAGCAGUAUUGACAAAGGGUAAACAGUAAAGAAACCUACAUGUUUCUUUCCAUGCUUUUU